CUUAGGAUGGCAGAUGGAGCAGCUCACAUGAUUGUGCUGUGACUGUCUUCUGAGACUAUCUAUGGCUCUGUUAUGAAUAUCUAUUUUUUUCUCUCCUUUUUUUCCCCUUUUUCUUUUUUAUCGAUGAGAGAGCAAACGUCUCAGUGCUCUCAUUGUCCUUCAUGUGAGGCUGAGGAGAGGCGCCAGUCCCUGGGCUGCCAUCUGCCCGAGCUUCUCUGUCCUGACAGGCUCCGUCUGGACAAGUAUCUGGAGGAAAAACUUUGAUUGCAUGAGGAGCAGCGGCAAGAAACUGGAAAAUGGGAAGCUGAAAAUUAGUGUGAUUUAGGUCUACUUUUGUAAGAAGAGUACACACAAAGAGGAAGCAAAGCAGCAGAGUCUUUGCUGGAAUCUGCUCAGGGUGCCGAGACGGGCAGAGAAGAUGGGUUCGGCCUUUAAGAAGUUCUGCAUGCAGUUUUGCUGCUGCUGCUGCUGCGCAGAUGACGAUGAUGAAGAGGACGAAAAGCAGCCCUUAGUGAGUCCGGAUCCGUUGGACUAUUUUACACGCGAAGUUCAGAAGAGGCGAGAUGAAGAGACCAAUCUGUGGAGUGAGCCGGGAGACCCCAGCCACUCGGAGAGAGAAGAUGACAGGACCCUUCACUCCCUGAUUCAGGCCAGGAGCAAGACCCGCAUGGGAUCCACGGGUUAUCGACGUCUGAGUGUUGACAUCGAGGCCAUGAGGGACGUACGCCGAGAGGUCCGAGAAAAAUGGAAGACAAUCCUGGAAAACCUAGGUUUCAUGGCCGAGGCCGACUCUCUGCUGACGGUGUCCGCUGGGGCCUCACAUGACCGCAUGCGCAACGCCCCGGCGGCCCGCGCCAUGCUGCAGACGCUGCACUCCGAGACCUCCAUCUUCUGCUCCAGGGAGCCCCCGCCAGAGAGAUAUCUGUUCAUCCUGGAUCGCCUUAUUUACCUCGAUAUUGCCGAAGAUUUUUUGGCAAAGGCAAGGCGCUUCUAUCCUCCGACGGAUGAAUCGGACGAGGAGACGCCGGGCCUGGCCAUCAACCUGCCCCUGCUGCUGGCCCGGGUGGAGGCCAUGAACGGGGCCCCGGACGACGACGAGAGCGAAAGAGACCUGAGCGACUGACGAGAUCCUCCGGCUGCAGUAAUGGCCGGCAGAAAGCAGGUGGCAGUAGCCAUCAGCCCUGGUCGCCUUCAGGUGUCUGCUGCCGCCUGCACUGUGUCGCAGCUGCAUUUUAGGCCGAUCCGCUCCCUUCUAACCCCUCCAAAUGCACACCUCAAGUUCUUUUCUUUUUUUUCGGGCUGAAAGAUUUUCUUCCCAAUUUUCAGAUAAGAGUAAAAAAAUUGCCUUUGCCUUUCCUGCCUUUCAGCAUUCAGCUGUUGUGAACCUUCAGGGUAGGGAUGUUCCUUUCAACAGAGCCCUGCAAUGUUUUGUCCUGUGAUUAUCAGCACGUCUUUGGCUCUAUCACAUGAUAUUUGCAAAUGCUGAACAAAUAACCACUAAUCUGAUGUCCCGACGUUUUGUUUUUACAGGAAAAUGUUUUUGUGGAUUCACAUUUUUUAACUCAAGGUGUGCAUUUGGCUUCAAAUUUGUUUGGAGAGUAACAGAUGGAAAAAAAAUAUGUAAACAGUUCUGUAUGGAGAACUUUCAUUGUUUCUUCGUGUGACUGAGAAGACUUUCAUGUUAUGCAUGUGUGGGUUGUUACACCUUCCAACAGUUUAUGGAAAAUGUGAAAAAUGUCUUGGUAGAUGUGACAGUAUGCGUAUGUGUUCAUGAUGAAAUAAAGCUCUUAUGAUAAGU